GACAGAACCCUGUAGCCUCGUCCUCUAUACAGUUACUUUCCAAGAUGUCUCUAUUUGUCGAUGAUCAAAAAGCUCUCCAUCACAAGAACAAAAAUCCAAUUCCUCCACUGCAAGCUGCUCUUCCUCUUCCUCCACCCCUCCUUAUCUUGUUUCCAGAUUAUUAUUUUCCUGUAACUUCACAUGCUGUCUAUGAUUCAAUAUACUUUCAUUCUUCUUUUUCUUCUUCUUCAAUUAAACUCAAAUUAACUUGGAUCUUGAUUCAUCAUCUGCUCAGACAUGGCAAAUUCUGGGAUUUUUGCUCUCUACAUCACUGUGGGUGUGGUUGCUUUGGUUGUCUCAAAGAUCCUUGUUGCAGUGUUGAUCUACCGGCGAAGCCAGAGAAAACACACUCUGGUUAACGACAAUCUUUCCGGAGGCAAGCUGGUUAUGUUCCGAUCCCAGAAGGGGAGGUCUCUGAAACCGGAAUGUUUUUUGAGGAAGACGAUGAAGCUGAGCAACAAAGACAUCAUUGGAUCGGGAGGCUAUGGCACAGUGUACAGGAUGGUGAUGGACGACUCCACGGCGCUGGCCGUGAAGAGAAUAAACCGGGGAAGCGCCGAGAGGGAUCAAGGCUUUGAGAGAGAGUUGGAAGCCAUGGGAGACAUCAAGCAUCGCAACAUCGUCACGCUUCAUGGAUACUACACCGCCCCUCAUUACAAUCUCCUCAUCUACGAGCUUAUGCCCAAUGGAAGCUUAGCAGAUCUGCUCUAUGGGAGAUCAAUGGAGAGGAAGGCUCUGGACUGGCCUUCGCGAUACAAAAUAGCAGUAGGCAUCGCCAGGGGGAUAUCGUACCUGCACCACGAUUGCGUGCCUCACAUAAUCCACCGGGACAUCAAGUCGAGCAACAUACUGCUGGACAAGGACAUGGAGGCUCGAGUGUCUGAUUUCGGGUUAGCCACGUUGUUGGAACCCGAUAAAACCCAUGUUUCGACUUGUGUUGUCGGGACCUUUGGGUACUUGGCCCCCGAAUAUUUUGACACAGGCAAAGCUACUGCAAAGGGAGAUGUGUACAGCUUUGGAGUUGUUUUACUUGAAUUAUUAACAGGGAAGAAGCCAACAGAUGAAGCAUUUAUUGAAGAAGGAACCAAGCUUGUGACAUGGGUGAAAGCUGUCGUCCAGAGCAAGAGGCAAGAGGUUGUGCUUGACAGUAGCUUAGAGAACUCGCCUGCAAAUGAAAUUAAUCAGGUUUUCAGCAUCGCGAUGAUGUGCCUCGAACCAGAACCAUCCUCCAGGCCUACCAUGGCUGAGGUUCUUAAAAUGCUUGAACAGAUAGAAUCAGGGGAACUAAUUGUUUCAUCAGAGCCAUCAUCUCUGCCAAAUGACCUCCAUUUUCCAAGCUGAAGAAGAAGAUGGCUGCUUCAUUAAGUUUUUGGGUCUCCAUUACUGGCUGAAAUUGCAGUGGAUAAAUGGGAACACAAGUUUUAAGGUUAUGGCAACUUCUAAAAUCUCUGUUUGUUAGAUAACAAUUAUUCAAGACAAGCAAAUCCCAUAUAUAUCUUUUUCCACUGUACAUUUUGUAGGGCUUGUUGAGCCUACAAGAAGGAGAAGGGCUGAUUUUGUUUUUUUUUUUUUUUGUUUUUUACACCAAUGCAGGUAAGUUUUGAUAUUCAAGUUUCAGGUUUCUUUAUAGAAGGUGUCACUAGAGUCAUUUGAUCCAAAUCUAUUUGUUGCAUGUGAGAUUUUGUUAGAAUUUUUCUCUUCUCUAACUUCUUGUUGGAUUAAUCCGAUUUGUAUUUAUGGUACUUCCACGAUCAUUAAUCAUAUGAAGACUCGCUGUGAAU